CCUUCACCCCCCCUCCAAACAAAAUGAGACUGGCAAAAAUGUGCCGACUAAACGCGCUGGGGAUCUAUUUGUGGGAAACGGUAGUGUUUAUCAGCCUGGCAGCAUCGAAAGAAGCUGCGGCGAGGAAAGCUGCCACCCCGAUGCCACCCUCCGAGUUCCUGGACAAACUCAUGGGCAAAGUAUCGGGUUACGAUGCCAGAAUUCGACCAAAUUUUAAAGGUCCGCCUGUAAACGUAACCUGCAACAUUUUUAUCAACAGUUUUGGGUCCAUCGCUGAAACAACAAUGGACUACAGAGUGAACAUCUUCUUGAGACAACAGUGGAACGACCCUCGGCUGGCCUACAGCGAGUACCCAGACGACUCGCUGGACCUCGACCCCUCCAUGUUGGACUCCAUCUGGAAACCUGACUUGUUCUUUGCCAAUGAGAAGGGGGCCAACUUCCACGAGGUCACCACCGACAACAAGCUGCUACGCAUCUCUAAAAACGGCAAUGUGCUCUACAGCAUACGAAUAACACUGAUCCUGGCCUGUCCCAUGGAUCUGAAGAACUUCCCUAUGGACGUUCAGACCUGCAUCAUGCAGCUGGAGAGCUUCGGCUAUACCAUGAACGACCUCAUAUUCGAGUGGGAUGAGAAGGGAGCCGUGCAGGUGGCUGACGGCCUGACGCUACCGCAGUUCAUACUCAAAGAGGAGAAGGACCUGCGCUACUGCACCAAGCACUACAACACAGGUAAAUUCACCUGUAUUGAGGCUCGUUUCCACCUGGAGCGUCAGAUGGGCUACUACCUGAUCCAGAUGUACAUCCCCUCGCUGCUAAUCGUCAUCCUGUCCUGGGUUUCCUUCUGGAUCAACAUGGACGCUGCACCCGCCCGAGUGGGUUUGGGUAUCACCACUGUGCUGACCAUGACCACACAGAGCUCUGGUUCCAGAGCCUCCCUGCCCAAGGUGUCCUAUGUAAAAGCCAUUGAUAUCUGGAUGGCUGUAUGUCUGCUGUUCGUGUUCUCGGCCCUGCUGGAGUAUGCCGCUGUCAACUUCAUCGCACGCCAACACAAGGAGCUGCUGCGCUUCAGACGGAGGCGACGACACAUGAAGGAGGAUGAGACAGGCGAGGGGCGCUUCAGCUUCCCCGGCUAUGGCAUGGGCCCUGCCUGCCUGCAGGCCAAAGACGGCAUGGCCAUCAAGGGCAACAACAACAACGCCCCGGCCUCGGCGGCGCCCGAGAAGAGCAUUGAGGAGAUGAAGAAGCUGUUCAUUGGCCGGGCCAAGCGCAUCGACACGGUGUCCCGUGUGGCCUUCCCACUCGUUUUCCUCAUUUUUAACAUUUUCUACUGGAUCACUUACAAGAUCAUCCGCAGCGAGGACGUCCAUAAGCAGUAGUCGAGAGGCGCAGGAGGAGGAGGGCGAGAACAGUGCGAAUGCAGAGAAACAAAAGGGAGAAAGAAACGGAGGAAGAGAUGACUUCAAUAGGAGAUAUCAUUGCCCCUUUUUUCAUGCCAACCACGCCCGCUUUUCUUGUCCGCUUUUUGCGGCAGUUUCACCAUUCAAAUCCUACCUGACACCUACUAGACGUUAAUUAUUAUUAUUGCUUUCUUUUGGCUUUAAUUCUCCUCUCUUGCCCAAAACCCUACCCCCAUCCCGUCUCUUUACACGUCCUGAAUAAUCCGGACCAGUGCAAUAGCAAUGCAGUAAAAUGCAUGAUAUAUGAAUGUGGCAAUAUAUUAAUGAAAAGAUGAAAAAUGAAAAAGUAAAUACAGACUUUUGCAGGCACACCCAACAAACUGUGUGGGAGUGGACGGACAAGAAAUAAAGAAGAUCACAAGAGAGUCUUGUAAAGGGUCUCUUAUUUGAUUUUAGUUUUUUUUGUGUGAAGGAAGAUAUAUAAUUCUAUAUGAAAGUGAUGUCGGGACGGGUGGGGGGAUGUGCGAGAAGCAUACAGCAGUGUAAUAUACUCAUAUCUAUCAUAAAUGAGGGGGAAAAGAACAUUAUUUCCAAAGGCGGGUAUCUAGAAAUGAGAGAUUUUUCAAACAAAAAAAAGAGAAGGAAAGCGGAUCGGUGCUUCCAUUAAAUAAAGCGAUGCAAGGAUCACGCAUUCUAUAUAUCUAGAUUUGCUUCAAACAUGUAUUGCAAGCACUCCUCAGCGCUUUUCCUCCCCCUCCCCCCCCUCCCGCCGCCAACACCACGAAACCUUGAACUGCAGAGACACUUGAGAUUUGCUGCUGCUGCUGUCGAACACAUGACUGGACAAAAAGAAAAACAAAAAAACAAAACACUGAACAAGCAGUGCUGAAGACUGAGAGAAAAUAUCUCAUUUAUCUGUGGUCAACGUGUUCCUACCUGUUCUUAAUUUAUUUCAUAUUGCAUUUGUUGUUGUUUUUUUGGUUUGUUUCUUAAUUUAUGUGCCAAGUAAACAUGUUGCUUGUGGCAGUGCAGCGCUCUGCAGCUCCGACCUUUUUGUAAAGAGGAGGGUGGAUGGUUUGACGUCACUCUCCGUGUCGAUUGACGUCUCCUCACAGGCUUCUUUUGGAUUUUUUUAAUUCCUGAGAUAAUAGUUUGUUUUCAUCGACUGGAAAAAAAGCGAAUCGAUCCUGGACAGAGUAAAAAUGCAGAUCCUCGUUUGCUUUCCUUGUUGUGUUCACUGAGAAUGAACCACAGAUAUGUUUACAUCUUAGUAGUGCUUCCUUGCUUUGACCCCGCCUUAAUGUGACACCCUACCCUUCCCCAGCUGAGAGGACAUAUGUAGUAAAUUAUACAGAUUAUAGCACCUGUUAUACCUUAAUUAACUGUAUUUCCAUCUCAUUCAACUGUAGCUGCAAACGUCAUCAAUUGUGAAAAGCUACGUCAUCAUGCACGUGAUAGUGUAACAGCAAGAUUUAUUUUGCCAUAGCCAUGUUGGACGGGAUUUGAUCUUUUAACAGGUCAGUUGGUUUGAUUGAUAAUAUAUCAGCUUACUUUAUUGCUCUUUUACUUUGCGCCAGGCUUCUCUAUGCAAUGAUCAGUAUAUGCAAUUAUGAUUCCUUUUAGCAACUCCAUCUCAAAAACGCCACCUUUUGGUGAGUUGUUUCAUCCCACUGCUAACUGCUGUACCGUCUUUCAUGCUCAUUGGUAAAAAUAUGAAAUCAAUUAUGACGAUAUUUCUCGCCAGGUAAAAUGCUGUCUAGCGAGACUCACGUAAUUGCCAUUUUUCACAUGCUGUCAAGCCACAUAUUAAUUUUGUCACGCAGUGAAAUACAAAUGUAAUUAUAACUGAUAAGAGAGACACACAGAGCGAAUCAUCUCCGCCCAGCUGAUGCGACAAUCAGCGUACGCCCUGAUAGUAAUCAACUGAACCGCACCGCUCAUGCUGUGACUCCAGACAGCUGUGACGAGUGAUAAUGUAGCUGGUAGAGUUUUGCAACAUAAACAUCUAAAAACUGAGGCGCAACCUCAGGCACAAGCAAGACUUUCUAACUGACUUAAAAUUAAAUAAUUUAUUAUUGGGGUGAAAAGGUGCCACAAUCACAUUUAAAGAGGUUACUUCCCCAAACAAAGAUACAAAGAGGAGGAAAGACUAAAUCAUGAAUCAGCAGGGAUAAUAUUAAACAAGUUGAUCAACAGGACAAAACAGAUCUGAUCUGAGCAGCACAGAAUGACUGAGAGCUGCACUGACUUAGAUUCUGAUAGAGUUAGGCUGCAGAGUUUGAACUAUCACCUGCCACUUGAAUUUUGUGUUUCUCUUUGCAGAAAUAAAAACAUUUUCACCAUAAACUGGUGUAGAAAAAUUCAUCCGAAUGCAGGAAAUAAAGUGUUUAAUGCUCAAAAUUUUUAUAUAAUUAAGCACUAAAGACUAAAGUCGUCUCGUCUCGAUCUCGUGAACACAAUCUCGAAUCUCAAAUUUCGUCUCAUCUCAUCUGAAAGAUAAAGGGAUAAAUCAAAGUGAUGAAGUAGCAACCAGUCCAUGGGCUUUCGUCCCUCAUGCAUGCAGAUUAGUGUAUGGAGAAAAGCAAAUGUUAUAGUAGAAAUCAUCAGCAAACAGAUUAAGCCAACAGAGCCAAAACUCUGUCAGAACUUGGAGCCACUUAACUGAAACUGUUUCACCAUCUUUUCUGUGAAGAAUCACCUCAGAGUCAAGAAUUUAAAAUCAACUGGACUUUGAUUGUGAAGUUGAAAAUGUUUCUGGCACAUCAGACAAACGUUUGUCCCGAGUGAGGACACAUAAGCUAAUUAAAACUUAUUUAACUUCACAAUAAUAAUUAAAUAAUAAAUAAAUAAUAAUAAUAAUGUUUUUGUAAACCGUGGUUCAGUAACAGUCUAAACGAACUGUUGAUCGGGCUGAAAUUACUAUUUCAAUUAAACUUUCUCCUUGUCAAAAUGUUUAAGCCCCAGUCCAACUUGGUUUUGAAGCAAAACCAAAGAUAUGUUUGUUUCUUGUGUUUGACAUAGUGUUAAUUGCCUUUUGCUGCUGCUGUAGGCCAACUGUUCAAGAUUUGUUACUGGAUGUGAUCAUAUUCAAGUUUGUCUUUUUAUUAUGACUGCCAGAUGCAGUAUUGGAUUUGCCAGAUUAACUUCAGAUAUACAUAUAAAAUUAUAAUAUAUAUAGACAUAUUUUGAUAUGAAAAAAUUCUGCAUUUUCCCUCUACAUUCUUGUAUUGCUUCCUUUUAAGAAAGCAGGUUAUUUUUAUUUGAUAAAUCACCUACCUAUCCCUUAAUCCCCCAUUACCUACACAAGUAAAACUGACACAUUGAGAGGUUUUUGACUCCUCUGAUCUUGUUACUUUUGUUUAAGAGAUAAUUUUUACAGAGUGUCAACAUCUGCGUAUAGGAGAUAUUUUCCAUUUGUUUCAUUCCAUCAUAAAUUUAAUACUAAUUUAAUGAAUUUCCAAAUGUGUGUAAGACUGAUCCGAAGGGCUAUGCCAUGCACAUACAUUCUUCGUUUGACAUUCCAACAUGUUUUAACUUUAAAGUGGAAGUGCCAUAGAAUACGCUUCAUCCCUAAAACUAUGCAUUUAAUUCAGUAAAUUAAUCCCAGAUACAGCGCUGUUAAUAUUUUUAAGGCCAUGAUCACCUAGGACGCUUUAUUUUUAUUUUUUAAUGAUUAGGUUACAGCAGAUACGUACAUGUCUCCCGCUAAAUUUACAGCUGGCAUUUAAGAUGCAACCAUCAGUUUUAGACAAAGAAAAAAUGAGCAAAGCCUGGAGUGACAUUUGUCUUUCAGCUUCAUGGUGAACAUUAUUAGCUUUUACAGCAUCUGACCUUUUGGUGAUUAAGAUCCUCUUUUAUCACAAGCACACACAGGAAUCUCUUACUUCUUGUGGUUCAUUUAGUCCUUCAUUAUCUCUUCUGAGUCAGCCAAAACUAAUUAUGUAGCUGCAUACUGACUUGCCCAAAAGUAACUCUAAAUGGCGUUGUUUAUGAUGUAGCUGUAUGGAGUCACAAUAAGAACUAGUAAAUUCACCAAAUUACACCCUUUCUUCCAAGAAAGGUUCCAAGAAAAAGCCCUUAGUGUUUCCAUAACAAAGCACAGUUAAUGCUAAAAUUAGCUUUCUAGUAUUGUGAAGUCUUACAUAUGUAAAGAACAUUGAGCAAAACAUAGGGGGAGUUGGCACGGUACUUAUCUAGUCAAAAGGCUAUACAAUUUGCUAUUUAGCUUGCUUGAUAGGAAAUCUGUGUGCAGCCUCCAGACAGCAUUUCUUUGUUGGGCCAAAUUAACCUGUGUAGUCUUUCUUUUGUGUUAGCGACACAGAUAAAUUUAAGCUCCAAUAAAAAGCUCAUAGUUUUUUCAAAAAGCAGCUCAGAGCUAAUCCUAAAAUGAUCAUGCUAGUAACGCCAACUCUUACGGUUACAAACGUGGAAACAAUGUAGAGUCGGGAUGGUACUUAGCCAGUUAAAUGUAUGUAGCACCUGUCAUUACAAGUAACAAAAUGUGUUCUUCAUAAAAAGCCCACAAAGCCCCAAAAGAUUUAAACUGAGACUCUUAGCUUGCACGUACAAGUAAUAGAUCUCGUGGGCACAAGAUUUUAAAACACAGAUUUUGUGACUUUUAGAGGCACAAUUAACAAGUAAAAAAAAAAAAAAACGAAAAGAAAAAAGAUAAUUACAUAAUAAAAACAUAAUUUUACCAAGAGAAAGCUUUUAGGAUGCUAAGGAGAAUGGAGGCAGUUUGUUGACUUUAGAAAUGCAAAUAUAAAACACCGCCAUCUAGAGUCCCUUCAGGGCUACAGAGUGAGUGCAGUUAGCCCUCCCCCGCUGAUCGCAACCUAAACCCUUGUGGGAAACGUAAAAAAAUGCUUGGUCUUAUUAGGAUGAUUAAUUUUUCCUUCUGUGCCAUAGACACUGCAUCUGGAAUAACUUCUGAACAUCAGCAUCUUUGCCAAACGCAGUCAUCCAUUUUCUAGAGCGUACAUUUCUUCUCGUGCCAUAUGGGGGUUGAAUAUGCAACUAAAAAAAAACAAUACCUAAAAGCAUAUCCUGCAUUCAUUCAACUACCAUUUUACAUGAUCCAUUCCCUUUCCUCAGGCGUGGGUGUUCUGUGUAUCAUAGUCAGUUUAGAGCAUUGUAAUAGGCCUCACAUCAUUGUAUUAAUCAUUGUUAUACUGUAUGGGUUUGGGGAGGGAAGGGUUCAUAACAUGCGAUAGAUACUGAGUUUAUGUUGCAUCACGGUGUGAUGUGAUGCAUACGGAUUGAACAAUGAAGGAUGUGUUUUAGAAGUUUAUAAAACCUUAGGUUCUGAACUGGAUUUUAAAAGUAGCAUGGUUUGAUUUGACAAUGGUUAUAUUGGUUUUGGUUGAUUCUCUUGUAUUUUAUUGUAUCUAUUGUACAAUCGGAUGCCCUAGUGGGGAAGGAAAAAUACAGUGACUCCUGAACUGCUGUGACUGAAAGGAAACAUUAUUAGUACUAUGAUUAUUAUAUUUAUUUAUUUAUUUUCUUUGCACAAGUUGGAAUGGCCUUAAUUUUGCUUUACUUGCUUCUAUUGUGUAUUGGCACAAAGUGCACCCGUUUUGAUUUGCAAAAAUUACAAAGCUCAUUAUGAUGCUUAUAAUCCGAGAGCGCACAUCAAAGCAGGAUGAAAAAAAAAAAAAAGAAAAGUUCAGCAAAUCCUUUUUAGUUUUCAUUAAUCUGAGAAACAAUAUUUUGCAUGAAUAUAAAUACAAUGGCAGAUAUUUUGGCUUGUACAAAAAAUGUGAAGCAAUUUGAAGAGAAAAAAGAAUGUACCGUUUCUGCUGUAUCUGUAUAUAUCUAAAUAUUUAUUGAAAUAUGUCAUAAUACUAAUUCUAUUAACGAUUAAAGGUUUUCUGAACAAAAAUCUCUUUACCUGUUUUUGAACAUUGUCAAGGUUGUUGGAGUUGGAUCUUCUGCUUUCUGUUACUCGACUCAAGGAUCUGUGUAACCAUUAAAGAAAAAGUAUUAAAAACUGCAAAUAAA